AUGCUCCACAUAGAUGGUAGUGACAAUUCAAGGCCAGUCAGAGAGCCCAGAUGGAUUUCUUUCAGCGAACCUAAAAUCACAAUCGCCGGUUCCAAUCUGAGCCAAUGGUGGAUAUAUGAGAUCUUCGAAGAAAAUGACUGGCUGGUAAGCAGAGUCUACUUCUUUGUUGGGGCGGAGAAGAUUCAAGAAGGAAGAAACUGCCAUCACGCCGCCACAGUUCAUGCACGUCGGGAACUCCGCUGUGGUGUUCCUCGGUCCGACGAUUUGAACAGAACGGUGCAGGCCCGCAGGGUCUGGUAUGUGAGAAUUACUCUGGGUAGAUUCGGGAUCUGGGUCCGAUCAGAAGAUCUGAGACCUGUGGUUCUGGCUCGAGCCUUUAGUUCGUGGCAGUUCUUUGUUGACCGUUGGUGCGGCUACUGGAUCUCUUUUCGCUCGGAUGGUCCGGGUGCUCGGGCGAUCAUCGAGGUCACGCAAAAUCAAGACUCAAAAGGAAGCAACGACGAUCUGGCGUAG